CCGGCUCCUUCGAGGCAGCCAGAUUAAAACUGCCCCUUCAUCCCUUCUAUUUUCCAGGAGACUGAAGUGCCUCCAGGACCUCUCCAUUCCUUCCCGUUAAGACCAGAUCAGCUCUAGAGAAGCCAAGAUGUCCAGCAAGCGGGCCAAGGCCAAGACCACCAAGAAGCGUCCCCAGCGCGCCACCUCCAAUGUCUUCGCUAUGUUUGAUCAGUCUCAGAUCCAGGAGUUCAAAGAGGCCUUCAACAUGAUCGACCAGAACCGGGAUGGCUUCAUUGACAAGGAGGACCUGCACGACAUGCUGGCCUCGCUAGGCAAGAACCCCACGGACGAAUACUUGGAGGGCAUGAUGAGUGAGGCUCCGGGUCCCAUCAACUUCACCAUGUUCCUCACGAUGUUCGGGGAGAAACUCAACGGUACCGACCCCGAGGACGUCAUCCGCAACGCCUUUGCCUGCUUCGACGAGGAGGCCUCAGGAGUCAUACAUGAAGACCAUCUGCGGGAACUGCUCACCACCAUGGGUGACCGAUUCACGGACGAGGAGGUGGAUGAGAUGUACCGGGAGGCUCCCAUCGAUAAAAAGGGCAACUUCAACUACGUAGAAUUCACUCGCAUCCUCAAGCACGGGGCCAAAGACAAGGAUGAUUAGAACCAGUUGCCCCUUUCCCUCGACUCCCCACCCCGCCACACACCUAUGCUCCUCCUCCUCCUCCUCCCAGAGCACUCUCACUGCCUUGAUCUACAACCCUGUAAGGAACCCCAUUGUCCUCCUUUCGUUUCUCCUCCUCCUCCUCCUCCUCCGAAAUGGGCCCUCAGAGGGCCGAAUCAUCAGCAGUUAGGGUUGAAUCCGUACCAGGUAUUGUGAUGGUUCGGGCCCAGUGCGGUGAGUCUUUGUCUGUUCACAGGAUGGGUCUGUUCUGAGAAAAGAACCGGAAGAGUUGGGGAGGAUUCCCAGACCAAGAAAAGUGCCGGAUGCCACCCGCCCAAAGGUAGUUGGACAGAUGUAGCCUUUCCUUAGGUGGUUUGCCUUGCCUUCUGGGGUCAAAUCAGGAGCCUUGCUACCAUCAAGCAAUUGUAUUUAUUGAGUGCUUACUGUGUGCAGGGCACUGUACUAAGCACUUGGGAGAGAACAAUACAACAGAGUCGGUAGACACGCUCCCUGCCCACAGGAGCUUAGAAUCUCAAGUCCACCUCUCCCUUUUCAAUUUUCUGUAACUCUGAAGAUACCCUUCUUGGCCUGCUCAUUUUGCCUCAGCCUCCCCUCUGAGUGACGUAGCGGGGGCAAGGAAACGAGAAGGGCAGCGCCACCAUCCUGCUUUGGCUUAGGAGGAGGGAGUGACUCUAUUGAUAGGUAGUCCAGACCUCUGAUUUCUGGUUGAGAGCGUGAGCCAUGAGACCAGGCCUAGGACCUGGCUGUAAGGUGUGUUCUCCUCACACUCUGAGCUUUGAGGCAAAGUUUCCCAGACAACCCUCUUUCACAAGCUCUGUCGCAUUCCCAAGGAACACACAUAGCCCUUCACCCCAGAGUUCUUAAAUCUCUCCCGAGCCCUAUCCCUGCAGAUGGAAUAGCUUCAAAAAGGAUUUUUCCCAAGGCUCUGCUGAGGGCCCGGCUCCCUCUCAGUGGCAGGGAUGGGGCGGGAAUCUAGACACGAUAUUUCCCCGCCUGGCGAGAAGCUCCAGCUCUGCCGGUUAGAGCCUGGUCCAGGACAGUUGUCGUGGACGAAGCGAAGUUGCUUCAGGCUGCACUGGUGGCUCUCUCUCCCCCAACGCCUCCUUUCACAGCUGUGUCCCCCACACCGCCCUCCUCCAGGCACAAGUGUUUCACAGAGGUCCCCUGAGGUGAGAGCACAGGACUUGUCCUCCGUGCUACCUUAUUUGACCUCCAAUCUCACAUAUAUUUUUCUGUGGCUUCAGAGUCUUUCAUUGGAAAGAUCUUUAAAAAAAAAAAAGAAAGAGAAACUAUGUAAAAUAUAAAUAUCAAACACAA